AUGUGGCCGGCGGUGCCCUUCUACCUCUACAACGACCCCAUCUUGCUGUAUGGCCUGAUGUACGAAUGCAUGCGGUCCAGGCAGAACGAGCUGGAGAGCCGUCAGAGGUGGACGAUGCCCUACUUUGACUUGAGGUACAACGCCUCCCUGGGCACGGUCCACGAGUUUGCCGCCGCCAAGUACUUCGCGCGGCUGAUGAUGACCCACCCCUGGCGCACCAUGGAUCCUGCGCAGGCGGAGGUCUUCAUCGUGCCGACAGAUGUGGAGCCCGUCUUCCUGGAGCCGGACGGCCCCUGCGGCGUGGACAAAUACGAGGGCCACCUCUGGGAGACCUUGAGGGAGGUGUUCGAGCAGCCGUACAUCCGCGCCAAGAACGGCGCGGACCAUUUCUGGAUGAUGUCCGCCAAUGACCCCGAGCGGCUCAUUGAGAAGUACGCCCCCUUUGUAGCCCAGGAGCUCCGCCGCGUGAACCACUUGCACUUCCUGGUGGUGGGAGUCAUGGAGCUUUUCCCCGGCCGCUCGCUGAUGGCUCUGCCGGCCGAAAACCAGCGGGAGGUCUACGUGCUGAACGGCACGCGGAGGAGCCGCGCCUGGCGCUGCUCGCUUCCGGUGCCCUUUGUCCACAGCUUCCCCUUCUCAGAGCACGGUGUCGCCUUCAGCUCCUUUGAGGUGUGGAUGCGGAGGGAGUACAUCUUCUACCACCAGUUCUCUGGCUUCUACCAAGACGAGCGGUCCAGGCAGCUGCGGGGGCAGGCGUUGAAGAUCCCACAGGCGGCCGCAGACCCUCGCCGCGUGUGGGUGGGGGACCGCUUCGUGAGCAGUGAGGAGUUGGCGCGGGGCUUCCGCAGCAGCCGCUUUUGCUUGGCCAUCGCCGGGCGGAAGAACGGCGGGCCCACCCGGAAGUUCUACGACGCGGUGGCCAGCGCUUGCAUCCCUGUGGUGGUCAGCGACCAGUGGCUCUUCUCCUUCGCGCCCUUCCCGGGCCACCUGCAGCACGAGGCUUACGCAGUCUUCGUGCCGGAGGAUCGCUGGCUGAAUGACCUGGCGGGAGUUAUCAGGGAGUUGGAGGCCAUGCCUCGUCGGGAGCUGCUUGCGCGGUACAAGGCCUUGAGGGAGGCGGCGCCUGUGCUGGUCUACGACCGCCCCGACAGCCACGCGCUGGGCUCUGUGCUGCUUUGGGAGAUGAAUUCGCGCUGCGGCCACACCCGGCGGGACGAGGAGAUGUACCCGGUCGGGCAGCCGCUGCGGAGGCCGCGGCCGCGGAAGGUAAAUGGCAGCCGCGUGGCGGAGGCUUUGCUGCGGGUGUCUGGGCCCAAAGCCUUGGCCUGGCGACGGAACCCCAGCUCCGCCAGUCAGUACAUCGGCUGA